UUUGGUAACUCAAUAAAUAUGUUAGCAUUGUUGUUGUUGCAUUUGAAGCAUUUGUAAACAAACCUCUAAAUGCAACAGGCAGCAUUUUGUUUUACACGGUUUAGUAUACAGCUGUAAAUAAUUCACAAUGGGAAAAUUUAAAAGUGCAAUUAAGGUGUAAUUAAAGCAACAGUCAGUGUUUUUCAUAAACUUCUGCCCCUCUCUGCAGCAUCUCUAUGUUACAGUAAACUGUCUUGUAAAGAAGGCCACAGCGGUCCAACCUAUGAGUCCAUGCAGACUGUGUUUGAUCGCAUACCCUUCAGACCAGCAGUAAAUCUCAGCAAUCCCACCAUAACCAACAUCUCCUUCACUCUGUAUGCAGUCUUGGGGGUGUACUGGCAGCAUGAAUUCCUGGUUUGGGACCCUGAUGAGUGCGACGGUGUUACCAAGAUCUCUCUCCCUGUUAAGGAGCUCUGGUCUCCGGACAUUAUUGUGUAUGAGUUCGUGGAUGAUGAUGUCUCCCAAGCCUGCCCUUACGUCUACGUCAACCACACGGGUCACAUCCGCUGGGACAGGAUGCUGCGGCUCGUUUCAGCCUGCAACCUGGAGAUCUUCAGUUUUCCUUUUGACGUGCAGAACUGCACGUUUACAUUCGGCUCCUACAUGCACACCAUAAAGGAUGUAAGGGUCAGUCCAGCCCUGACCUUUAAGGAGAUGUCUGGAAACUCAAAGCGUUACCUGGAAGCCAGUGGAGAGUGGGAGCUGGUGGACAUACUGGGAGAGACGUCCAUACUCCAGUUUGGGAUUGACGAGUGGGACAUUAUCACCUUCUGGGUGGUCAUCAAGCGACGUCCAGUGCUCUACGUGGUCAACCUGCUCAUCCCCAGCUCUUUCCUCAUGCUCAUCGACAUCCUAUCCUUCUACCUGCCCCCCCACAGCGUCGACCGCGCCUCCUUCAAGAUGACCCUCAUCCUGGGCUACACCGUCUUUCUGCUCAUCAUGAACGACCUGCUGCCCAGCACGGCAAAUGGCACGCCCAUCAUAGGUAUCUAUUUCUCAGUGUGUCUGGCCCUCAUGGUCAUCAGUCUACUGGAGACAGUCAUCAUUACCAAUGUUCUCCACCACAACUCCAUGAAAUAUCAAGAGGUUCCAAACUGGGUCCGGGUGGUUGUCCUCAAACACAUAGCCACCCUGAUCUGCUACCGCUGGCCAGAGGAGGUCCAGCCCCCUGCUGGACCACAGAGGGAUAAACCUGAAAGCUCAAAUGAUAGCUCGGGCCCGUGGAUCAUCCAACCAGCCAGCCACACGCCUUCCCAGCACUCAACCAACAAUGAAGGUACGCAACAGAUACAGUACAUGACAAAUACAACUUUUCUAUUACUUUUGCCAGACAAAGCUCCUCACAUGGGUGGAGAAAAAAGUAUAGCGGCUCUGCCUGAACUGCAACAGAUCUGUCAAUACCUGGGCGACCUACGUGCCCACCUCACCUCAUUACAGAAGGAGAGCGAGCUGCAGGACCAGUGGUGCCAUGUGGGAUAUGUCCUCGACUUCCUCCUCUUCCGCAUCUAUCUGCUGCUCAUCUCCUGCUACGCCCUGGUCAUCAUCUCCAUGUGGUGCAUCUGGAUCAGUUUUGUAGCAGCAUUAAACUGCACCAGCCCGACUCCUGAAUCCUUGAUGAAUGCACUUGAUAACGAAUUAUUCCCUAAACUCCUCAUCCGACCUGUAAAAAGCUUUUCAGCUCCAGUGAACGUAUCUGUCGCUAUCACUGUGUUGGGAAUUGCAGGAGUGGAUGAAAAAUCCCAAAUCCUGACAACAGUCUUAUGGCAGGUCCUGGAAUGGGAUAUAGAGGAACUGAGCUGGGAUGAGAAGGAAUGUGGAACUAAGAGAGUCUCUGUCCCUCGGGAAAAGCUUUGGGUCCCAGACAUCCAUAUCGCACAGUUCAUGGAUGAGGACAAAUCUCCCCAAACUCCCUAUGUCUAUUUAUACAACACAGGUCAUGUUUAUGAUGAUAAGCCGAGGAGAGUGGUCAGCUCCUGCCAAUUGGGAAUCUACACUUUUCCCUUCGAUGUCCAAAACUGCUCCCUGACCUUUGGAUCAUAUCUACACUAUGCUAAGGACAUCAAGGUGUUUCCAGGCGCCACACCUGAGGAUAUUCUGCAAGAGUCCAGAGAGGUGCUGGAGACUAACGGGGAGUGGGAGCUGGCAGACGUCGGUUUAGCUCUCUCUAACCUGGCAUUUCAAGAGGGAAAGUAUUCUGAGGUCACAUUCUUUUUGAUUUUAAGACGAAGACCACUCCCCUACGUGGUGAACCUGCUGAUUCCCAGUUGCUUCCUCAUCACAGUGGAUCUGUUCAGCUUCCUGCUGCCUCCUGAAAGUGUGGACCGAUCCUCCUUCAAGAUGACCCUCAUCCUGGGCUACACCGUCUUCCUGCUCAUCAUGAAUGACUUGCUGCCUGUCACUGGGGAAUCAACACCUCUCAUCAAUGUUUUCUUCUCCGUCAGUCUCGCUCUGAUGGUGGCCAGUCUGCUGGAGACGGUGUUCAUCACUAAUGUCCAGUUUAGGUCCAGCCAGCACACUGCAGUGCCUCACUGGCUCAGCAUCUUCGUGUUAAGAUAUCUAGCUUUUGUCGUUUGCAUACCUCCAAUGAAAAAGAGCAACCGAGUCACAGUCUCCUUCAACCGAUUCACUGGAGACUUAGAUAUGAAUAACGACCUCAGCAGCAUCUCAGUGAGAGAUGUUCAGAGCGUCUUCAGUGGCACACCUCAAGAGAAACCCCAUCCGGCCUCUCCGGAGCCAGACCUGGAUGAGCUGAGGAAGCUGAGCAGAGAUCUCACGGCCAUCCGCAUCCAGAUUGACAAACACUUCCAGGGGAGCAAGUCCGCGCAGGAAUGGCAAAUGAUCGGGAUAGUGAUCGACCGUCUGCUGUUCAGCUUGUACAUCAUCUUCAUCUCUGCCAGCUUCAUCACCAUCGUAGGUAUCUGGAUCUGGAACAACUCAUAUACAGUAUGAAAAAGAAACUGAAAGGUUUUUCAGUCCUGUCUGGGACACCUCAGUGACAUUACUGAAACUGUACCGAUGCUGCAAUUCAUUCAGAUUUUCCUUGUAUCAACUUUGACCAAAAUGGUGGCAAAAGUUGCCAAAUCUAAAAGUCUGACCUAACGCCCACACUUGAGUAGUUAGUGCAUGUUCAUGUACCACCAAGUGACUCCCAUGACAUGUAGUGCACUUAAAUAUUAAAGAAACUGUAUGUUUGA